AUGACAAUACAACUUGCAGGAUGUGAUGAGUGCGCUGAACUGACGAGUAAUGGUAUGACAUGCCCUAUAGGAUUCGUUUGCGAAGAUGUUACCCUCCAAGCAGCAUGUACUGAAUGUACCGCAUUGACGAACACCGGUAUGGACUGUCCCAAAGGUCUCAUCUGUGAAGUUGCCAUGCAGCGUGAAGGGCAAUGCUCUGAACUCUUCUGUGCAACUGGUAGUCUCACAGGGAAUACAGAACGUACUCCGUUGACACUUCUGACCUGCAACACAGAAGCCGAAUGGGUUGACACCCAAGACGUCACGUAUACUUUAGCGCAAUGUGAAACACCUUGUGACCAAUGUGCAGCACUGACGAACACCGGCAUGACAUGUCUUUCCGGCUUCAUCUGCACUCCUGUGACGACCAACACCGACGGACAAUGCCCUGAAGCAACUUGUGUAAGCGGUCUUAUGACAGCCGGAGAUGGGCGAACAACUGUCACGUCGUUGUCCUGCAACGGCUUGACUCAAUGGGUCGACGCGCAGGAUACGGUCUACACAAAAGCCCAGUGUGAAACAGGUUGCACAUGUCCUCCACUAACCAUCUCUACCCCUCCCACCAACCAACCACCGCCUCGUGGUAAUCCAUUGGGAACUGACGCUCAAGGCUGCUCAAUACUGACCCCUCAAUGCCGACAAAUGGAUCUAUACAGACUCGUCACCGACAAUGGCAUCGUCACCCUGCAGCCACCAGCUGCUCGAAACACUGCGAUGACUUGCCGUAAUGGAAAAUGGAUGGCGACAAUCAACGGCGUCGAGACGGUCGUUACGGAACAAGCUUGCUAUUCAGAUUACAGUGAGUUUUCCCUUAAAACACCAUCAGGUACAAAAGGGAGUUCGAUCUACUUUCUGUAG